AACAGUUUAGGAUGUCCUUCCGGGGCGUCCAGACUGCCUCAGUUAAGAAUAAAGCUGGUUGACACCGGAAGCGUUUCCUCCCGGCCGAGGUCCAUCUUCCGGCCCUUGCCGCCGUUGCUGCGGAAGCCUUAAAGCCAGUUUAGUGAGUCGAUUGUGACCAUGGCUGCUGAGUCUGAUGUUCUACACUUCCAGUUUGAACAGCAAGGAGAUGUGGUCUUACAGAAAAUGAAUCUCUUGAGACAACAGAAUUUGUUUUGUGAUGUAUCAAUUUAUAUUAAUGAUACUGAGUUCCAGGGGCACAAGGUGAUUUUGGCUGCUUGCUCCACUUUCAUGAGAGAUCAGUUUUUGCUCACUCAGUCAAAACAUGUCAGAAUCACCAUUCUGCAGAGUGCAGAAGUUGGAAGGAAGUUAUUGCUGUCCUGCUACACGGGAGCACUUGAAGUGAAAAGGAAAGAGCUUCUGAAAUACUUGACUGCUGCCAGUUACCUUCAGAUGGUUCACAUUGUAGAAAAAUGCACAGAAGCUUUGUCCAAGUAUCUGGAAAUUGAUCUUUCCAUGAAAAACAACCAACACACUGACUUGUGUCAGUCUUCGGAUACAGAUGUUAAGAAUGAAGAAGAAAAUUCUGAUAGAGAUUGUGAGAUUAUUGAAAUUUCAGAAGAUAGUCCUGUAAACCUAGAUUGUCAUGUUAAAGAAGAGGAAAGCAACACCAUACAGUCUGCUGUAGAGAGGUUGGCAUCAGAUUGCAGGGAACUGAAGUCACCUGAGCUCUCUACAGUGGAUAGUGGUUUUAAAGAGAAUGAAAUUUGUAUCCUCCAUGUAGAAUCAGUCAGUACAGAUGAUGUAGAGAAUGGGCAGUUUUCACAGCCUUGUACCUCCUCGAAAGCAGGCAUGUAUUUCUCUGAAACACAGCAUUCAUUGAUCAAUUCUACAGUUGAAAACAGAGUGGCAGAAGUUCCUGGAAAUCAAGAUCAAGGGUUAUUUUGUGAGAAUUCUGAUGGAGCUCAUGGUACAGUAAAUGAGAUCCAGAAUCUGGAUGAGAAUUUCUCAUUGAGACACCAGUGCCCCAGGUGUCCAAGAGGCUUUCUUCAUGUGGAAAACUAUCUUCGACACCUUAAAAUGCACAAACUGUUCUUGUGCUUGCAGUGUGGGAAAACAUUUACACAGAAGAAAAAUCUCAACCGGCAUAUUCGAGGACACAUGGGUAUAAGACCCUUUCAGUGUACUGUGUGUUUGAAGACCUUUACUGCUAAAAGCACACUUCAAGAUCACUUGAACAUACACAGUGGGGACCGGCCGUAUAAGUGCCAUUGUUGUGAUAUGGAUUUCAAACACAAAUCUGCUCUUAAAAAACACUUAACCUCUGUUCAUGGCAGAAGCAGUGGUGAAAAACUCUCUAGGCCUGAUCUCAAAAGGCAGAAUCUACUGUAGUCAAAUCAUGAACUUGAUGUAAGCAUAGGAUUACUCUGUUAGGCAUGUCUGUGUUUAAACAUGUAACAUUGGUGGUGUGCCCCUCACCAAUCUUUAGCUUUCAUUUUUGUUCUUCCUAUGUCUUAUUCAUUCUAAAUUUCUAAUUUCAAAGUUGUGAAUGGAAUGAUUAAGUUUAUGGGAUUCUACAUUGCCUCAAACAUUAGGUAUUAGUCCUCUGGCAAUAAUUACAGAUUAUGAUUUGUGGUUUUUAGAUUAGAGAUAUAAUGUUGAUUCUAACUAUAUAGUAACUUUAAUGAGUUAGAAUGACAUGAAAAUAGAUUUGGAAGCAUAGAGUUGUCCAGUACUAUUAAUUUUGACAGUAGAUAGGACUAACAAUUUUCUUUUUAAUGUUUAACCAGUGUGCUUGGAUUAUAGCUAGAACAACAGGUUAUUGUUUAAAACUAAAGGAGCACAAUUUAGAUUCAUAUGGGACCAGCAGAAUAUCCUUAGGAUUGCAUUAUUUAAAUAUCCACGAGAAUAUGUGAUUACAUAUAAUAUAGUUGGGUUAAGACUUCUGUGGCCAAUGCAAGUAUUUUGUUGGCUUAGAUUGGAAAGUUACUUUUCUUAAAUAUUACAGUUUGUUGAUGACAUCUGUUCUACAGUUUCCUUAGGGUUUUUUGUUUUACUUUGUUUUUGUUAACAUGCACUAAAAUUGACCUUUCUCUGAGAA